CUCUCUCGUGUCGGUCAGAGCGAGAGAGACGCGACUGACGGCUAACAGCGCUAGCAUGGUCACAGAGCUGCCGGGCGAAGGUCGACAGUAGGACAGCAGCAUCCACCUCUUCCCCUUUCACUCGCCCGCCCUUCAUCUAUUCAUUCAUUCAUUCAUUUCCCGAUAUCGCACGCAGUCAAAAGGGUUUUUUUUCAUUUUUAAAUUCCGUGGCUGCUAAAGAAAGACGUGUAAGCUAGCUUAGCCAUCUAGCGAGCUAGCUCCGAGUCCCGCUCCUGUAGCUUCGUCCGCUCCGACUGAACACCUCCGGCCAUGGCUGCGCUCAGAGCGUCCUACCACAGGAUCUUGGACAAGAUCGAGCACAUGUUGCCCGCCAAACUGAGACCUCUCUACAACCACCCGGCAGGUCCUAAAACAGUUUUCUUCUGGGCCCCAAUGUUUAAAUGGGGGCUGGUUGGAGCUGGUUUGGCUGAUAUGACUCGACCGGCAGAAAAACUCAGUACCUCCCAGUCUGCAGUGCUGACGGCCACAGGGCUCAUCUGGUCCAGAUACUCAUUGGUCAUAAUCCCUAAGAACUGGAACCUGUUUGCUGUCAACUUCUUCCUCGGCUGUGCGGGGAGCUCCCAGCUCUACAGGAUCUGGAGGCACGAUCAGGACAAGAAGGCGCAGGCUAAAGCCGUUGCAGAGUCCUGAGUGCCUUCUGUUGCCAGUGGACCAAAAAGGGAGACGUGACACCAGGCACCAACCUGCCCCUUCUCCACAUCUCAUGUCGUCUUCAUUAUGUUCAUGCCAUAACUUUUAAUCUACCACACCAAGCCUGUUGUCCCUGUUGGAAAUGUGCACUUUCUCCUUAAGUUUCAAAUUUCCUCAGGGUGUAAAAAUAAAAACAACAACAAAAGACGAGAACAUAUUUUUAACUGUAGUCAACACACUCAAGAGAGGUGGUCAUCAGCGCACAAAGUACAACUUGUUCAGCAAGUUGAAUGAUUGUACAUUUUUAAGUUCAUGCUUUAUAUUUCAUGCACUUAGCGGGAAGUUUUGCUUUUCCAUCAUUGUCUUUCAGGUGUAGCAAAUCAGUACCUCAUGCAAUAACUUCCCCCCCCCCUAAAAAGAUUUUAAUUCUUGGAUUUGAUUUGAUUGUGGUUGAAGGAAUGCUUCCAUAUGAAAUUAAGAAGGAUGCCAUCAGGUUUAUAUUUUAAUCAACAGAUUUUUUUAUUUGGUUAGUCACAGCAUCUUUACCUCGUGAUUAUUGAAUCAGUAUUCAUCACCAUGUAACAAAUCCUUCCAUUUUAACGGCUUUGAAUCUUUUUAAUCUGAGAGAAAAUCCUAAUUUAUGAAUCUCUUGAUGUAAUAUUUCUCUUGUAGUCAAAUCUGUAUAGAAAGAGGCUGUUAUUUUCUGAUUCUCUUAUGAAUAUUUACAGCGACGCCACAUAUUUAACUUGUGCAGCUUUUUAUUGAUUGUUACUACAGAGUCAACCAGUAAACACUGUUACUUGACAUGCCAACUCUGGCUCUUUGAAUAUUUUAAAAACCUCACCUUGUUUUGAGAAAGAUGUUGCAUUUUAUUUUAUUUUUCUUUGAAUUGUUUCCACUGUAGUUACACUGAAUAAUCCCCUGUUGAUUUUAGCAAUAAUUGGUUUCAGGACUUUUAGAAAUUUCUUGAUUUGGUGACUGUUAAAAAAAAAAAAAGACAAAAGGCACCUUGAAAGUUGAUCGUUAUGGCUCUGUGGCUGUGUUAUUGUUAAAUAAUGCUAAUAAAUAUUGUUUAACACUUA